AUGGGGAAGACUGUGAGGAAACUGGAGGUGGUGUCCCCUGUUCCAGCGGAUAUUGACAUAGCCAACUCUGUUGAGCCUCUUCAUAUUUCUGAGAUUGCCCAACAACUCAAUCUCAGCCCUCAACAUUAUGAUCUCUAUGGAAAGUAUAAAGCCAAGGUGUUGUUGUCGGUGUUGGAUGAGUUGCAAGGAAGUGAGGAUGGUUACUACGUGGUUGUUGGAGGGAUUACUCCAACUCCUCUUGGAGAAGGCAAGUCUACCACAACUGUCGGCCUUUGUCAGGCUUUGGGAGCUUUCCUUGAUAAGAAGGUUUUUACGUGCAUUCGCCAACCAUCCCAAGGACCAACAUUUGGGAUCAAAGGUGGUGCUGCUGGUGGUGGCUACAGUCAAGUGAUUCCUAUGGAUGAGUUUAAUCUUCACUUAACUGGUGACAUUCAUGCGAUAACCGCUGCGAACAACCUUCUUGCUGCUGCCAUUGAUACAAGAAUCUUCCAUGAGUCCACCCAAACUGAUAAAGGUCUUUUCAACCGUUUGUGCCCUCCUAACAAAGAAGGAAAGAGGAGCUUUAGUGACAUUAUGUUUAGGCGUCUGAAGAAACUUGGAAUUUCCAAGACAAGACCAGAGGAGCUCACUCCACAAGAAAUAAAGAGAUUUGCUAGGCUCGAUAUUGAUCCAAAUUCUAUAACAUGGAGAAGAGUUAUGGAUAUUAAUGAUCGUUUCCUAAGGAAGAUUAGUAUUGGUCAGGGCCCUGAAGAAAAAGGUAUGGUUAGAGAAACAGGAUUUGAUAUUUCUGUUGCUAGUGAAAUAAUGGCAGUCCUGGCUCUCACAACUUCACUUGCUGAUAUGAGAGAGAGGCUUGGGAAAAUGGUUGUUGGAAAUAGCAAGGCUGGUGAUCCUAUCACUGCUGACGAUCUUGGUGUUGGAGGUGCUUUAACUGUGUUAAUGAAAGAUGCCAUUAACCCUACACUGAUGCAGACUCUUGAAGGCACUCCCGUCAUGGUUCAUGCUGGUCCUUUUGCCAAUAUUGCUCAUGGAAAUUCAUCUAUUGUUGCUGAUAAGAUAGCAUUGAAGCUGGUGGGACCUGGUGGUUUUGUGGUUACAGAAGCAGGAUUUGGUGCUGAUAUCGGAACUGAAAAGUUUAUGAAUAUAAAAUGCAGAUAUAGUGGGUUAAAACCUCAGUGUGCUGUUAUUGUUGCUACCAUUAGGGCUCUCAAGAUGCACGGUGGAGGGCCUGAAGUGGUGGCUGGAAAGCCACUCGAUCAUGCUUAUCUAACCGAGAAUGUGUCUCUUGUUGAAGCUGGCUGUGUUAAUCUGGCCAGGCAUAUUUCAAGCACAAAGGCAUAUGGCGUCAAUGUUGUAGUUGCUGUCAACAAGUUCUCAACCGAUUCUGAAGCUGAACUGAAUGCUGUAAGGGCUGCAGCACUUGCAGCUGGGGCAUUUGAUGCUGUAAUAUGUACUCAUCAUGCUCAUGGAGGGAAAGGAGCGGUGGACCUUGGUAUUGCAGUUCAAAAAGCUUGUGAGAGCGUUUCACAACCAUUGAAGUUCUUGUAUCCUCUGGAUACUAGCAUCAAAGAAAAAAUUGAAGCAAUUGCCAAAUCAUAUGGUGCCGGUGGUGUGGAGUACUCGGAACAGGCUGAGAAACAGAUUGAAAUGUACACGAAGCAGGGGUUCUCCAAUUUACCAAUAUGCAUGGCAAAAACCCAGUACUCUUUUUCACAUGAUGCUUCGGCAAAGGGGGCUCCUAGUGGGUUUAUCUUACCUAUCAGAGAUGUAAGGGCAAGUAUUGGUGCUGGAUUCAUUUAUCCAUUAGUUGGGACAAUGAGCACAAUGCCUGGCCUUCCAACUCGGCCGUGCUUCUACGAUAUUGAUCUUGACACAGCCACCGGAAGGGUAAUUGGUCUGUCUUGAGAAUGGUGCUUCUGUAAUUACAUAUUGUCCAAUACCGGGAUCAUGACAAUGCAAAUCAUCUUAAGGCGAUUCUGCAGCAGACCCCACGACAACACUUUUCAUGGACUUGACACAGCUCACUACAAUGUUGUAUCUUGAAUAACUUGAAUCGAAAUAAACGACUGCUAUGUUUUCGUUCUCAUUUUCACCCAAACAGGAAUAGACUAAGUUGGAUGUGCUUCCCCGCAGACGAUGAAAACUGUGAUGAUUGCUGAUGCUUGGCCUUUUUCCCGUGUGAAAUUAAGUUCAUCAAUAAUAUGUUCAAUGAUUUUUCAAUGAGAAUAUGCAGUGUCUAUGAAUCUGCAUUCUCAUUGAAUGAAUUCAUCAUAGAGCAAUUGCUUCGUGCAACACGAACAAAAAAGAUUAUGAGGAUCUUUGGUAUGUUUGUUUGUGGGGAAUAUAAUGAAUUUGUGCUCAUAUCGAUUGUUUGAGUAAGUUGAUUAAGCAAGUUUGGCUUGUCUUUCCAGGAUGAUCCAGUAGAUAUCGUUCUUAAGGUGGCAAGUUCUAGCCAAACGUUUAUUAUCAUGAGAAUCAUCAGAAGAAGCUUACUGCUGGUACCUAAUCUAUCUUGUAAUUCUACAGAUGGUUGAUGACCACUCUGUCUUACAGUAAAUUUUCUGGCUUAAACUAUCAUCCUGCUAUUUAACUAUGAAUUAACAACCCUACAGUUCUGUCGGAUCUCGCCACUGGAACCAGUCAAUGGGCUUAUAUUGCCCAUCUUUAUCAUGGAAUUGACAAAGUUACUGAAGAAAAUCCCAGAAUCAUUGCUAAAGCUUUGCACCAGGCUUCUUGUCGUUGUUGCAGUGACGUCGUUGCUGGAGAACAAGAGUUGAUCAGACUGAAGAAGACCUUUUCCAGUAACCAAGUUCUGAAAGUAAUGGUUAUCGAAUAAAUCCCUGGAAUUCCUAUCGAGUGGAGCCGUGUUGUUUCCAUCACCUGUCUGUGGACAAACACUUUGCAGGUCAGACACCAUGUUUGUGUCCAUUGUGCUAUCUGGAGCGCCAGUUCCGCUGAAGUUGAACAACCUUUGACUGAAAGCAGCGCACUUUGCUAGGCCGAUUGUAUGCCC